CCAUGGCCACCGCCUUCUUCGGGCUGCUGGUGGCGACGGGAGCCACCGUGUUCGUCUCCUUCUGCGUCGACCAGUUGGGUGCCGUGAGCUCCGCUCGAGCUCUGCGGCCACUCGAUCACGUCGCUAAGGUAGUCAUGGCGGUGGCUGCGAUGGGUGCCCUCAAUACGGCCAUGGCAUUCAUCCACGUCCGUGUCUAUAACGGCCGCGCCGCUGCUUCGAGCAGGCGGACGAUGGAGGCCGUCAGCCUGAUCUUGUGCGCCUCGACCGGCGUCCUCUUCCACCUCAUCUUCUUCGUCCAGCCAGUCGCCGGCGACGGCGCUCAUGAUCUGCUACCUCUCGCCGUCGUCGUUGUCCGCGCACUCCUUCCAGCUUCUGCAGCGGCGACGUUCUUCGCCUCCGUCGUACUCAUCUACGCGCGUCUCCGUGCCGGCCUCGCAAGGGGAGCUGCCAGCGCCGGGAGCAUGGCGACCACGACCUCCGUCAAGCUCCUCACCAUGAUGAUUCACGCGGUUGCACUUGUCACGGUUGUUCUUAGCCCCAUCGCUGCCAUCAUUGUCUUGUGCUACUCCGAGUAAAUCUCCCAAAGUGUGUCCAAUCAUCGAGAGCCAAUCCUAUACUGCACUGCUGCUGUCCGGGUAACAGAAUUUUCCGUCGUUCGAGUUCAUGGCUUCAUCAUGCAUGUCUUGUGUUGUAAUAAGAACAGAUUUUGCUGUCAAUCGUAUAUACUACUGUAUUCGAAUGCACCCGACUCUUUCCUGCCUAU